AGAAAGUCACAUGCCUAUAGUGUUAUCGUUUUGUAAAAUAACGCAUUUAGCUUUGUCCAUUUGUGAAUUUACAGAUUUUUUUGCGAAUAAUGAAUAAUUAACCUUCUUUGUAAUUCGUCCUAAGAAGCAUUAUUUAGAUACGAUCUAAAUAAAUCUUGACGUGUUAUGGACGACAAUGCAACUGAUUUCACUAAGAACGAUAGUUUUGAAAGUUGGACAUCUAGCGGAGAUAUAAGUUCUACAUCCGACUUCGUGAUGCCAGUCGAAGAGACCAUAGGGCAGAAAAGACCUUACCCUGGUCUGCGGUUACCCUACCCCUACCAGUCCCGAGUCCAACGUAACCUGCGCCGUCUCUACACAUAUCUACAGUACGAAGAAGAUGGCGCCCCUCCCGCUAAACGCACGCCCUCCAUACGCCUCGGCGCUGGCUUCAAAUGGAACCUACAGGCACUCGCUCAAGCAGCCAACGCGGUGGAAACCGGCGGCAAGUCGCCAGUCUCAGCUCUAAACGAGCUGGGGGUCAAGGUCACAUAUAGUGUGCUACGGCAGGGUGGGCCUGCGCAUUGUCCAAGCUUUACUGUGGUCGUUACGGUGGCAGACAUGACGUUCGAAGGCUGGGGCCACAGCAAGCGCGAGGCGCGCGCGUCGGCCGCCCGCGCCUGCCUCGCCGCGCUGCUGGCGCGCGCCGGCCGCGUGCUGCCCGGCGCCGCGCCCGCCGACUUCUCCAGCGACGAGCCGAGGCCGCCACCGUCAGACUUCCAGUGCCUGGAGGCGCAAGCGAAGCAGGUGGAAGUUGAGGUGAAGCCGGCCACUCCACCAGCCGCCCCUCCCACCCCCGCCGCGGCCCCCUCCCUGUUCGGCGCCUCGGGCGUGUCGGCGGCGCACAAGAGCCCCAUCAACUCGCUCUACGAGACCUGCCCCGGCCUGAGCUUCCACUGCACCUUCGGAGACGGCUCCUCACUCGAACAACCCAAUGCUCCUCUUCAACUGAGCCACAGCAUGCGUUUCAAGGUCGUCUGCCAGAUCAAGGAUCAGACCUUUGAAGGAUAUGGUUCAAGCAAGAAAUUAGCGAAACUGGCGGCGGCUCGGGCUGCGCUGGCGGUGCUAGACGAGGGCAAAGCCCCCACGGCCGCCGAUGAACCGGGCUGCCUGCCGCAACCUCGAGCGGAUACCAUUGGAAAGUUGGUGAAUGAGAAAUUCCACGAAAUCAUGAAGGGUGACCUGGUGCAUUCAAAAAGAAAAGUGUUGGCUGGCAUCGUGAUGACCAUCGACAAUAGACCUAACGACUCCAAGGUGAUAGCAGUGACCACGGGCACGAAGUGCGUGUCCGGAGAGCACAUGUCGGUGCGAGGACGUGCAGUGAACGAUUGCCAUGCCGAGGUGGCAGCGCGACGUUGCUUGCAGCGACAUCUGUACGCACAACUCCUUAUGUACGCGGAGGCUAAAGAUCCAACAAUCCCAAUACCAGAAUCGGACCUAGAACCGGUCCCAGGCGGCGGCUAUCAGCUAAAACCGGACCGGCAGCUACAUCUGUACGUGAGCACGGCGCCGUGCGGUGACGGACGUAUCUUCAGCCCGCAUGAGCAGCCGGACCCGACGCCGGACCGGCAUCCGAACAGAUUGGCACGCGGUCAACUCAGGACCAAGAUCGAGUCAGGAGAAGGCACUAUCCCUGUUAAAAACUGCAGCAACAUCAUACAGACUUGGGAUGGAGUCAUGCAGGGCGAACGUCUCCUAACCAUGUCGUGCUCCGACAAAGUGUGCCGCUGGUGCGUCGUCGGCAUGCAGGGGGCGCUACUAUCGCGACUUAUACGACCUGUCUACCUGCGAUCGCUGGUCCUAGGGUCCCUGUUACACCCACAUCAUAUGUAUCGCGCCAUCUGCGGUCGCAUAGAAUCACAUCUACAAUCGCUGCCGCCUCCCUUCCACCUGCAGCGCCCUCUACUGGCGCGAGCGGCCAGCACCGAAGCUCGAACUCCAGCGCGAGCACCUUCUUUCAGCGUGUGCUGGAGCUCCACAUCUCCACUCCCCGAGGUAUUGAACGCCACGACGGGUAAACUCGAAAGCGGGCAGCCGUCCCUUCUGUGCAAGCAGAGCAUGUUCGCGCGCUGGCAGUAUCUGGUGAAGAGACUGCCUUUGCUGCCGCAGGACCCGGACGGCACGGACCCCACUCCGCUGCCUCCUGACGUGGACCAGCUGUUGUACAACGAGGCUAAGCAGUUGUGUCCCGCUUAUCAGGUGGCAAAAGAGCGUCUCAUCGAAGCCUUCGACAAGGCCAAGCUCGGUCGCUGGAUCAAGAAGCCGAUAGAACAGGACCAGUUCGUGUGCGAGAUCCGCGACGCCGCGCCCGCCGCCCUGUUCGCCUAGACCGGCGCCUCCCAGCGUAGCGCCGCGCAGCCGGGGGGGCACUACACAGGGAGGGGGGGGAACAGUCAAGGUAGUCAAUUAAAUGAAGCAGGUAGGGACGAAGACGGUUUAGGCAUUGUAGGCAGGACUGGAAAUUAUGUAAGUAGAAGUAGAAAUUAUGCAGGUAGUGAUAAAAAUGAUCUGAGUAGCGGUAAUGAUGGCGAUAAAAAUGAUGUCGGUAGCGGUGGAAAUAAUGGAGGAAGGAAAAACGACCAAGGUAGGGAAAGAAAUGAUUUUGGUAGGGUAGGGCUUGAUGUAGGUAAGAGAAACGAUCCAAGUAGCAUUGUGACUGAUCAAAGUUA